AUGGAGAUGAAGAGUACUACUACGGCGAACAUGAAGAAAGGGUUUUUUUCUGAUGGAUUGGAAAUUUUGGCCAGUGUAUGUUGUUUCGUUCGCGAUCAAGAAUUGUACGGUGAUAAAGAGCCAAACCAUGUGCUAGACUUGGUUGAAUCACUGAAAUCGACAGACCCACUUCUCAAAUUUCCCAAGAAAAAGAGGGAGUCUCCUGGCCGGCCCCACUACCCACGCCAACAACAACAUCAUCAAGAGGCGACGAUCAUGAUCUCUGGUCAUCAUAUUCAUCACAGCCUUAAUGAUCAUCCUCCUGACCUCUCUGUUGAUCAUUUGCCCAAGAAACGUCGUCUUUCGGAUAUUUAUUAUCAUCUUGAAGAUGAUUAUCAGAAGAAAAGACAGAGCAACAAGUUAUACUCUGGUUCUACUGGUGCAAAACGGCGUCGUUUGGUCGGCGAUCAAGAAGAUCACGGUCAAAACGAAGAGAAAAAGAAGACUAGUACUACUACUAAGAGAAGAAGUGGGGAUAUUAAGGUUUCGGGUAAAAAACAAAAGGCGAUAAUGGCGGGACCGAAUCCGCCACCGGAGAUGUCGAACGCUUUGAAGGAGAAGAUCGUUAAAGAAGUUGGUGAAUACUCUGACUUGAGGCUUCUUAUCCAGAAGAGCCUGUUCAGGAGCGAUGUGGGGAAAAAUCUGAACCGGCUCUCGAUGCCGCUCGGCCAACUCGAAUCGGACGACUUUCUGACCGACAAGGAGAAGAAGAAAUUGGAGAGCAGAAAGGCGAACGACAGCAAUCAUUUGGAGGGCAUAGAGAUCGAUUUUUUCGAGCCGAAUUUGGAGUUUAAGAAGUCGAAGAUGACGUUGAAGAAAUGGGACUACGAUAGUUCCAGUUCGUACAUGUUGUCGGAGCACUGGUACAACGUCGUCACAAGGAAUGGGCUCAAGAAGGAAGAUGUUGUGCAGAUUUGGUUCUUCAGAAGAAGAGAAGGAAAUAAUCCGUGCAUCGCACUUGUCAAUCUCUCCCAACGAAACGAUUCGUCAUCAUCUUCUUCUUCUUCUACUGUUAUUGAUCAUCAGAAUGGCAAAAGUGAUCAGUCAAUUAGAAGCGAUGUUACUGCCUAA